CCUUACUGUUUUAAAUUAUGGUAGCAAAUGUAGUUAUGGCGACAGCAGAAAAGGUGAGGUGCAGUUAAUUUUGUACAUGUAUAUAGAUUAUAGAUGAGACUGUGAUGAAAUUGAAAGAAGAGAUUACAUGGGAAAGGAUCUGUUGAGUAAUCUACCAGAUGAAAUUCUGGGUCGCAUAGUUUCUUUUCUGCCAAACGAAUCAGCACUAGAAACCAGUCUCCUUUCUACCAGAUGGAGAGACCUGUGGAAUGAAGCUGUUGUAAGACAUGGUAGUGAAGAGGAUAUCAUAGGUGUUGUUGCAGGGUUUGUGACAAAUUUUCAGGAGCUUAAUCCAUUGAAGCAUCCCAGAAAGCUUCAAUUUCACUUCGCUCAAGAGAAUGUGGUUUUGGCAACUGUUGCAAAUAACAGUAAGCUUAUGCUUGAUUUCACCCCUUGGAAGGAAGAGCUUCAAAUGGGGUAUGGCUUGUUCUUCAUGCCAUACCAGUCUUUUCCUUCCACUUUCUCAGUCAAAACCCUCUAUCUCAAAUCAGUGACUUCUUUCACCAGUGAGGUAGCUUCUUCCAUUGUUUCAAAUUUGAAGCACCUUCAGAACUUGGUGCUCAUUCACUGCAGAGGGUUGGAAUCUUUGAGUGUUGACUCCAUCUCAGAGCUUCACAGUUUAACCAUCUUGGAUUGCUUGGAGUUGAAGUCUCUCAAUCUCAAAACUUCUAAACUCAAGUCUUUUCGGUACCGUGGGCCUCUUCCUUUGAUUAGGCCAGAAUUUCAUUUCAACCUCAGUCGUGCCAUGCUUGAUUUCAGACUAGGACCGAGCUGCACUGGUUUCACCACCAGGGAUUUUGAUGCAACCCUAUUAACCAUAAAGAACUCUGAAGUUCUUACUCUGUGUAAAUGGACUUUUGAGGAAUUCAUAUGGCCAUCGAUUUCUCCUCUAUCUGGGAGCUUCAAAUUCUAUAAAUUAAGAGAGUUAUGGUGGAUUGACAACUAUAACAAGAAGGAAUUCAGCAUGGAAGCCUUAUUCUCCUUCUUGAAACUAUGUCCUUCCUUGGAGCAACUUGUUGUGACUAUUGAUCCUGAAAGUUAUUCUGCUGAAGGGACCAAUUCAUGCAUAAUGAAAGAGACUAAAUGCACUGAACUGCAACAUCUUAAACUGAUAAAGUUUAUGGGUUUUCCUUGUCCAAAAGAUGAAAUCUCAUUGGCUAAAGGUUUAAUUCAUCUGAUCAAGGGAAACCCUCCAAAGAUAAAGUCUUCGAAUGGGAAUUUCUUGGAUGCAAUCUCUGUGCAGUGA